AUGCUCUCAAAAUACCAAGGACUGCAGUACUUAAAAAUAAGGGUACAGGACUUUCGAAACUCCUCUCCAGGCUCCCUAAACCUACUGAAUCACAGAUAAAACCAUGUGUGCUCAGUACUGCAUCUCCUUUGCUGAUGUUGAAAAAGCUCAUGUCAACAUUCAAGAUUUUAUUCACCUCACACCAGUGCUAACAAGUUUCAUUUUGAAUCAAGUAACAGGGCGCAAUCUUUUCUUCAAAUGUGAACUCUUCCAAAAAACUGGAUCUUUUAAGAUUCGUGGUGCCCUUAAUGCAAUCAAAGGCUUGACUCCUGCCACCUCAGAAGAGAAGCCCAAAGCUGUGGUUACUCACAGCAGUGGAAACCAUGGCCAGGCUCUCGCCUAUGCUGCCAAAUUGGAAGGGAUUCCUGCUUAUAUUGUGGUGCCCCAAACAGCUCCCAAUUGUAAAAAAUUGGCAAUACAAGCCUAUGGAGCCGCCAUAGUGUACAGUGAACAGAGUGAUGAGUCCAGAGAAAAUGUUACAAGAAGAAUUAUGGAAGAAACAGAAGGCAUCAUGGUACAUCCCAACCAGGAACCUGCAGUGAUAGCUGGGCAAGGGACAAUUGCCAUGGAAGUACUAAAUCAGGUACCCUUGGUAGAUGCGCUGGUGGUACCUGUAGGAGGAGGAGGAAUGGUUGCUGGAAUAGCAAUUACAGUUAAGGCUCUGAGACCUACUGUGAAGGUAUAUGCUGCUGAACCCCUGAAUGCAGAUGACUGCUACCGGUCCAAGCUGAAAGGGGAACUGACUCCUAAUCCCUAUCCUCCAGAAACCAUAGCAGAUGGUGUCAAAUCCAGCAUUGGCUUAAACACCUGGCCUAUUAUAAGGGACCUUGUUGAUGAUGUCUUCACGGUCACAGAGGAUGAAAUUAAGUAUGCAACCCAGCUGGUGUGGGAGAGGAUGAAACUGCUUAUUGAACCUACAGCUGGUGUUGGAGUCGCUGCUGUGCUGUCUCAGCAUUUUCAAACAGUUUCCCCAGAAGUAAAGAACAUUUGUAUUGUGCUCAGUGGUGGAAAUGUAGAUCUAACCUCUCUAACUUGGGUGAAGCAGGCUGAAAGGCCAGCUCCUUAUCAAUCUGUUUCUGUUUAGUUUAUGCAAAAGAGAUGGCAUUCAGUAUCUCUAAACACUCGGAAAUUUUGUUUCCUGGUUACUUUAACUUCUAUAUUCCUCUCUUAAACAGCUUUCAAAUUCCUAAUGGAGAGUGGAUGUUUCAGUAAUAGUUGUUUUUUCUUUUUUAACUAAGUAGCAAGAGAAAAACAUCCAUAGUUUACUGAGAUACCUUGUCAAGGCCAAGAAAAGCCUUUUGCAAAAAGGCAGUAGACCUCUAGGCUAAAGUAGAAAACACAAACUUUGCCUAAUUACAACCUGUAGGCUCCCAUCCCUAGAGUGUUUCCUAGUAACAAUGAGACAGAAUCCCAAUGAAUCCAUUACUCCAUGUCCACUUCAGGCACUGCUAAAGAAAUCUCACUUUUCAUCCAUGGUACUGGUUCUGGUACACAUGGAUCAUAAGUCCAUUUGGGGAAAACUCGUUUAUAGAGGUUCAUCAGUACUGUGUCCUGAGAUUUUAGCUUCCCAUCAAAACUGCACUUCAUGUGGCCAUGAGUACCUAGAAAGAAAACAGCAAGUUGGUCAAAUUAAAAUAGAAAAUUUUAAAGCAGUAGUCUUCUAACCCAAGAGUCAUUUAGUAGCACUGGGAAAAACUGGGCAAUGAACCAAAUCCCAUGUUUUCUUACCCAAAGGCUCCUUGAUGUGUCCCCUGCGGCCCCACUUUGUUCUCAGUUCCACUGGUUUAAACCACAACACAUCCUCUUAGAAUGAAACACAUAGAAGACCAAGAUGAAACAUACCCACAAAACGUAAACCCAACCCUCACCCCACAAAGGCAAUCUGAUCCCAUCCUUCACACCUACCUCUGUUGAAGAACAUGUAACGCACUACUGCCAUCUUAGUAAGAAUU